GUGGGGCGAGCGCGGCGGGGACGAGGGACGGGGCGGCGGGCGACGCGGGCGACGACGCGAUCGCGCGGCGACGAGGGACGGAUGGACGAUACGAGCGAGUGCAUCCGUCGCCGUGGGGGGUGAACGAUACGACGAAAUUGUUAGUGUGCGGAGGGAUCGCUGGGGCGUUCAGUAAGUCGUGCACGGCGCCGCUCGCGAGGUUGACGAUUUUGAAUCAGUUGCAGGGGACGAACGCGGUGCCGGGAUGGGAAGCCGCCGCCGCGAGAUCGUCCAUAGUAUCGUCACUGCGAAGGAUCGUCGCCACCGAGGGUGUCACCGCGCUGUGGAAGGGGAACGGGGUGACGAUCAUUCACAGAUUGCCCUACAGCGCGGUGAAUUUUUACGCGUACGAGCAAAUCAUGAACCUGUUGGACGAGACGACGAGAACGCUUAGGGUGGACGAGAACGGCGACGCGGCGAAGGGGGCGAUGGGCGUCGGGUUCGCCCAGCGUUUGAUCGCGGGUGGUAGCGCGGGAUGCAUAGCGUGCACGCUCACGUACCCGUUAGAUCUCAUACGCACGCGUCUCGCCGCGCAGACGACGGUGAAACACUACAACGGGAUCGGCGACGCGUUCAUGAAGAUUUUGCGCGAUGAGGGGGCAAAGGGGCUCUAUCGCGGACUCAAACCGACGCUCAUCGGCGUCGGACCGAACCUGGCGUUGAACUUCGCCGCGUACGAGACGCUUCGAAAUCAUCUGCAAGAGCUCGAUCACGGCGUGCACCCGAUGGUGGUGGACAUGGCGAGCGGAAGUGCCGCCGCCGUGGUGAGCGCCACGGCGACGUUCCCGAUCGAUCUCGUUAGACGACGAAUGCAGAUGCGAGACGCGACGCGAGGAGACAGUUUCACAGGGGUAUUUAAGCGCGUGCUCGCCAAGGAGGGCUUCACCGGACUCUACCGAGGGAUCCUUCCCGAGUUUGCAAAGGUGGCUCCUGGGGUCGCCAUCACGUACACCUCGUACGCGUUCCUCAAGCGUCUCGCGGGCGUGGACACGGGACGUUUGUAG